GUCGGCAAAAAUCGAGCUGGUUUCGGGUCUGAAUCGAGCUCCAGACAGUGUAAUGGCCGACCGGAGCAGAGAUGCGUCGCCACGUGCUCGCCGGCCUCCGGCCAACGCCGCAUCUUCCCCAACCGGCGAGGGAGUCGUCCGGGAUCUCGAUCGCCUUCACCCGCGCCUCGCCUUCAAAGCCUAGCGCCCCUCCCUGCUCUCUCCCUCUCCAUUUCUUUUCCUUCCACCGCAAGAGCCAAGAACCGAGCCCUGUGCCUCACCGCCGGCCAAAAUCCCUCGGCCGUGCGCCACCGCCGCCCAAUAGCCCUCGCCCGCGCCUGCGCCACUUCCCCAGCUACCUCCCCGACCGAUUCUUGCUGCUCACCGUCCGCUCCCUGGGCGGAAAUCAAAAGAUUUCUCCCCCGCCAUUGCCGUCGGCCGAAGCUCCACCUCCUCGCCCGCCGGCCAAGAACUCCGGCAGCGCGCCACCGGAGCCCAAUAGCUCGCGGCCCCCGUCUCCUCCACCUCUCCGUAUAGCUCCGCAAGCCUCCGCGCCGUUCUCCAUCGGUGCUCCGGGCGGGAAUCGAAGGUUUCCCGGCCGCCAUUGUAGCCGCGCCGCUCCAAGCUCAACCCCGCCGUCGACGACUCCAUUCCCAACCUCCUCUUCGCCGUACAUCUACUCAAACCGAGCCUUGAACCGGUAGCUGAAGGCCCAGUGUACGAGCUUGUCACCGAGGAGUAGCAACAGGAGCAGCCGUAGUAGGAGAUGCAGCUGGAGCAGCACGAAGACCCAUCCCAAGGUCGGAAGGGCCCAAGGCCUAGUUAGCAUUAACUCUCCCAUUUGGAAGGCAAGCCCCGGAGCAUAACCUCUAUUUUUUGCAUUCAAUGUUAUCUAUUUAAGUAUUGUGCAUUAAGUUCCUAGGCAUUGAUUGAAACCUUAGAUGCAUGAUCCCUAGGUUCCCGUAGUUGAUCAACUAGUAUGUGUAGGUUGUUAGAACUGCCAUGCUUAAUAGGAUUCGGUAGAAGUCGAGUGAUUUCCUAUCACUCGCGAGAUAUAGGACCACUUGAAUCAUAUGGUUGAAUCAUACGGUGAAGGAACAAGUGGAGACCAACGUGGAGAUGAAUUGGUUAAGGUUACAAUAUAGAUUGAAAGUAAACCUCCGCCUGCGUCGGUUAAGGCCUGAACUGUUGUGGCACAUUGAUCGGGGAUUGAACGGUACUAACCACGUGCCGGGAGUAGGAGGUAGUCGAAACUAGUAAACCUAGUACCUUCGUGUGCAAAAGUAGAUUAAGUUUGAUAUCGUACCUCUGAUCAAGGCCUAGACUGGAAUCCAUGCAUGGUCCUGCGAAGUACCGAUGGAUUUUGAAACUCAUGGCUGACCCUGGGAGGUAUCGGUGGGGAUUAGUACUUGAGGAGUUGCGGGGCAGUUCAAAUGCUUGCGUUCACGUAGAAAACCGAUGCCAUGUGCGGCCCGACGGGGCAGCAUAUGUUGUGUGUAUUAGGUUUACCUUGCAAGGGAUCAAAUCAGAUCGAUUUGCCAUCCUCUUGAAAAAGAGAACCUUGAUCUCUCCAUCUCAUCGUAGUAAGAAGUGAAACAUGUGGACAAAGAUGUGAUAUAUGUUGAUGAUUAUUAUUGUUGCUUAUCUAAUCAAUUGUUUUUCUAUACUAAAUUGUUGUGAUUAUGCAAACCUAGAAAAUAGCUUCUCAUUUAAAAUUUGGCUAAAAUACUGAAAGUAAGGACCCACUCUUAAUCGCUUUUGGUAAAACAAACCCUGCAGCCAAAAAGCCUUGCAUGCUAGUCGGGUAAGACUUGUUGAGUAUUAGUAUACUCAGGGUUAUUGUUGUGACCCUAUUUUGGUGGAGUGCUUCGCUUUGAUGGCACAUCAGGGGCUCGAUGUGUUGUCCUUCGUUUGUCGUCCUUUGUUUAGUUCCGUCUAGUUUAUUUCAUUUUAGUUCCUGCUUUCUUUCCGCUGUGCAACUUCUAAAGCUCUAAAUCAUUCUUGUAUUUGAACUCAGUUGUAAAAGUUAAUUAUUGUAUCUUAAUUCUUGUAAUCUCUGAGAUGUUUGUACU